AUUAAAUAGUGUAAUCAACUCAUCUUGAUUGGAAAAAGAAGGAUAAAACUCUAGCUUAUUCAGGAUUUGUUUUGGUCAAGUUCUAGUUUGACUUGUUUGCUCUAAAAUCUAAGUCCUUUUUCAGAAACAAGGGAAAUUUUGGAGAAGAUGAGACUGAUUUUCAUUCAAUACAUAUGAUUAUGUAUCCUGAUGCGAUAUGAUCUUGUUUAUGCGUUAUGACACAAUAAUAACAGGUAUAUGCAAACCUCAUUGAUAUUUUGAGAAUCAGUAAAAUUUAUCCAAUUUAGGUGAGAACUCUUUAUUUUCUUGAAAGAAGAGUCUCAAUCUAAGUACAGAGUAUUUACAAUUGUGUCUACUUAUUUGAACUCCUGAUACGUUGUUAUCAGUGAAGAGACCUGUUCUGACUAUGUACUAAAAUCACUAGGAUUCUUUUUGGACAGUUUUGGCAAAAUUAAAUGCCGUCAAUCUCUAAACUUUGGACACAUUUUUGGAAUUUCUUUUAAAGCCAUUAAUAAUACUAAUGAUCAAAUCCAUUAGGCAUCCCUGGUGUGAAAGCAAUCUGUGAAUAUAUGAUUUGUCAUACAACUUUAAAAGUUGUGACGGUGUGGUUGAGAUUCUCUUGGUGUGGUUGAGAUUCUCUUGUAUUUAUCGUGUAUGUUGCUGCUCCAUUGAUUUUAUUUCUGAGACGCAUAUAGCUGAUAAUUUACUACUGAAUCUACCUGUGCUUUUGUUUCGGCAUUAUAGUUAUCCCAAACGAUUUCUAUAUGCAGUCUCUUACGGAAAAGUUGGAGUUCUAUAAACACAUUACUAAACCAUCGUGCAUGUAUUUGUAGCGUUUGUAGAAUGGCAUUAAACAAAUUUUGGGAAGUUCAGAAAAGGAAGAGUGUGGCAUAAAUAGGAAAAGAAUAAUAGCUAAUCAAUACUUUAGAUUACAGGAGACUUGUUCCAUAAUACCUUUUGGCUUCAAGAAUCAUUACCUUUUUUGUUCAUACUCCGUACUUUGUUAGUAAACCUGGGAUAUGAAUUGUAAGGCUUGUUGAUCUUUUUUAAUUAUCAGCAACGCUACUCUAAUUUUCAACAAGCUUUGACCAAAAAAAAUAACUCGACUUUCGCUAAUCAACUCAUUUUGAUAUGGAAAAAGAAUAAAGAAGGCAAGGAUAAAAAUCUUAGUGUUCUGCUCUAAAUCUAAGUCCUAUUUCAGAAACAAGGGAAAUUUUGGAUAAGAUGAGCUGUGUGAUGUUCGUUCAGUACAUAUGAUUGUGUAUCCUGAUAUUGUUUAUGUGCUAUGAUACAAUAAUAACAGGCAUAUGCAAACCUCGUUGAUAUUUUGGGAAUCAGUAAAAUUUACCCAAUUUAGGUAAGAACUCUUUGUAUUUAAAAUAGUGUUACUUAUUUGAAUUCCUGAUACAUUGGUAUCAAUGAAGAGAUAUCUUUUGACCAUAUACUAAAAUCACUAGGAUUCUUUUUGGAAAGUUUUGGCAUAAUUAAAUGCCGUCAAUCCUAAACAUUGGACACAUUUUUGGAAUUUCUUUUAAAGCCAUUAAUAAUACUAAUGAUCAAAUCCAUUAGGCAUCCCUGGUGUGAAAGCACUCUGUGAAUAUCUGAUUUGUUAUACAACUUUAAUAAGUUGUGACGGUGUGGUUGAGAUUCUCCUGCCAUUGGUGCUGGAGAGAUUUUUAUUGGUUUGCUUGUAAAAAAACUCUUUCCAGUCAACUCUUGAGUUAGUUCCAGAUUUGCUAUUGUGGAAAAUGGAAAUGACAGAUCUUCAUACUAAAGUUGUUUUUGCCUAAGAAAGACACAAUCAAUGUGUUCACACUACUGAGCAUAAGUUGCUAAGUUUAGCCUCGAGUUCUGAAAGCAGUCGUGUGGUGACGACCUCUUAAGCUGCUAGCAAACAUGGAAAUGUGUGAAGGUUUAUUGUUAAAGAACUAGUUUGUGGCUUGUAUCUUAAAUUGGACAUACAAUUGAUGAAUAGAAAGCUUACGGGAACUUGUCAUUGUCUGUAAUUUUAAGUUCAACCAUAAAAGUUAUGCUCACACAUACCUGUAAUUGUUUUCUAAUUUUUCUUAAUUACGUGGAUAGCAUCUUAGAAUGAAAAUGAUGGGUAAAGACAAUUGAAGUUCAUUUAAGAUUUCCUUGAAUGUGUGUUGGCCACCUUCCUUUACAUACAAAGAGCUGAUGGAAAUUUUUCUGUCAUUACUUUUCUUCUUUCUAUUAGAAUUGUUGGAAUAACUAUUUUUGGUCUUAGAAGAAUGCAUUUGUAUGUCUAAAGAAGGCUGAUGUCUGCUCCUGCAUUUUUUUAGGGAUAAAAUUCACGUCUUGAUUGUUAUUUUCCCUUGGUGGACCUUGUUACAUAUUACUUAUUAGCUGUGAGGUCUUUCCCCACUUAUCCACAAUUUGGUUAGUCCUGUUCCACAUAUGCACAUAUCUAAAUGAAAGGCUCUAAAGUUAAUACAUUUGUCCUCUUGACAAAAACAUGAACAAAAGCGAAAGGCUUAUCUAUCAUUAACCUAUUGAGCUUCUUCGGAUCUCAAGGUCCUUCAUCAACAUGUAUUUGUAUCUUCUUUUUGAUUGUACUUCUGUAACUCUUAAAAUUACUUGUUGUGAUAGACAAAUUAAACAGUUAGCCUAUGAAAUUAGAAUCAAGAUAAAUGCCUCUCCCUGUUUCGGCUUCUUUUUCAAGUUAUGGCACAUCCUGUUAAUUUGGUUUUCCAUGUGUCUAGUAGAGUAGGUGUUUGUACCCUAAGCUUAGAAUAGAUAGCCCAUUAUGGAUCUUGGAAAUUGGAGCAGACUAGUUUUUCUGGCUCUGGGUGAUUUUGAGGUAUGUAUGAGAUGUUCAAGAGAGUUUAUGGCCAGCUCCCAUACGGAAUCGAUAGCACAAUGUUGGCAGGCUGCUAUUUUGAAGAAAACAAGCUUUUGACACAUUGCUUGGGUGGCGUGAAGCUUUUAGUGAGUAAAACUUAAGUUUCAGUAAGUUAAUUAUUUGCAGUUUUUUUUUUUUUCUGAAGCAGGUAAGAUAUAUUAUAUAGAUAGUAAGACUAUAAAAAGACUGCAUAAUCAUCCAUAAUUACAGGACUGUAAAGAGACCAAUUUACAGCUCCUCUAUCAUCUACAAGGAGUCUAGAACAUUAAAAAUUCAUGAUCUUCUACACAUGUUCCUUUACACCAAAAUACAAAAGUACCAAACACUUCAACUUUAUCUUCUGGAUAUGGCUUGAUUUAUCUUCAAAGCAUCUUUUGUUCCUUUCUACCCAUAUUUGCUCGUUAUGUUCUCACUUGACAUACUGCGCUUGUUCCUCUUUUAUUUUUGCAUUUAUUUGCUUCAUUUGUUUUAUUCUUGUUGGUGAAAAUUUACAUAUUGAAAAGUGAUCUUUGUUGCUUGACUGAUGCUUUUUGAAAUAGUUUUUUUUUUUUUUUUUUUUGAAGUAGAGUUGCUCGACUGAUGUUGCUUAUGUUCUUGUUUGGGGAUGUUCAUUAGUGAAGUGCAGACAACAGUUUUCUAGUCCUAAAGAACGAAAACAAUGUUUUCAUUAUCUUCUGGUUUGGAAGGAUAAAAUUUUACUGUUGGGGGUGGCAUGGUCAGAAGCAUAGUUGACUCUCUGAAUGUCUUUUGGAUGAACAAAUUCCCCUCUGGUCCAUUCCAGCUGAUUAUGUGGCUUGGUCCAGUUCACCCCUAGAAAGCCAGAGUACCUCAACUAUUCUUGUGAGAUUUAAAUUUCAGUUUUGUCAGCACAUACUGUGUAUGAAAAACUAAAGAACUUGUAUGAUUGCAGUUGGAUGCCCUUUCUCUCUCUUUCAUAUGUUCCAUAUGGGAUUUGAAUUCUAAAAUCCAAGCUUCACAAGCAAUUGAUUAUGUUAUGUUGAAAACAAGUAAGCUGUAGGAGCUUAUUAACACCCUAAUGUCUGUUCUUUAUGUGAUGAUUCUGAAAUCACCAUUCUCAUGUUUGGCCUGGCUAAUUCAAAAUUCAACUUGAUGUGGCAUUUGGAAUGCUGUCUUUCUAACCCUUGAAGUUUUAUAUGCUUUUCAUGAAAAUGAAAUUUUAAUUGAUAGUUUACCCCCAGUUGACAGCUGCUGUAUCUGAGGUUGCAUCUUUUGAACCUGUUAAAGGUUGUGCGUGCAAUCUGGGCCCUGAAAUUCAUAUGCCCCCUAAUGUCAAAAAAAAAAAAAAAAAAAAAAGAGUCAUAUGCCCCCUCCCUUCACAUCCCUGCCUUUUUCUUUAUGCCCCUUUGUAUCCGUCAAGAUUGGUGGCACCUUAGGUUGUAAAUUCAGGAACAAACAGUCCACUCAGUUGAUCCAUGCGAAGAAGUGUAGCGGAACUCCAACUAAUAUUCGAGCCAUGUAAACUUCAUCCGACUUCAGCUCAGUCACAGGUUACAUGGUCUCCAACGUUCGUGAAGAGAACAGCAGCUUUGAGUGCCGUCUUACUCGACUUGGGACCUUGAGGGGAUCAGAACAAGCAAGCUCUCUUCCUAUGCAUAAUUGCUGUUACAGUUACCGAAGUUUCACCAUCCUCUUGUUUUCUAUUUACAUGUGUACAGGUUACCUCGUAUAAUAGUUUAGAAGACUGUUUGUUUUUACAAAAAAAUGCAAGUAGAUGACCUCGGCGAGUUAUCUUGAGAGAAGUCUCACAUGGAGUUGCUUGAUAGAAGUGCUAAAACAUGAUCAUUGAGGUAAUUCUCUGUCCAUUGAUGCCACCUAGAUAGCACAAAGUUGGUAGUUCAGUUGAUAUAUAAACAUGAUUUCUCAAGGGGGUAAGUAAAAUUUAAGUUUUCAACCUGUAUUAUUGCUUGAGAUUCUGAUUUUGUAAUUGCUGCCAUAUUUCUUUUGGACUGCUGUCACAUAGCUUCCUUAAGUAGGGUGUGAGUCAUGAUUGGUUGUACUUAUUUUGAUGCACAAACAUUUAUCGGUGCUAAGUUUUAUGGAAUACCUGAGAGUUAUAUGCGGAUUUAAAACAUUUGGGGUUGAAAGAAACUGUAGAGAGAAUUAAAUAGGUUUGGACUGUAGGUGCUAAGUUUUGUGGAAUACCUGAGUUAUAUUAGGGUCUGUGUUGAAAAUUGCCCCGUGUGCUGUGAGUCUGCGCCACAUACUAAAAGGCAUAGGUUUGAGUAUACGGAGUCGUUUGAUGUACCCGCCAAGGAUGUGCCGCUUAGAUUACAGCAAUUAGCGACGAAGUAUAAAGUGGUGUUGUGUAUUAGACAGAAAUAUAUAAGGUACAAGCCAUUUAUGGCUGAGGUUAAAGAUUACGCGUGUCAUCGAGCGGGAGAGUCUGUGUCCUCGAUGAAAUCGAAGAUAUUAAAGAGGGAGCCUUACGCGUCAAAAAGGUGUGGGUGUGGGUGUGGGUUUCGUAUAAGGGCGAUAGUUCCUAUAUCGGAUUAUAGUGAGAAGGAUAAGACAUUUGUCUAUCAGGAGGAAGGACAGCAGUAUUUAAGUUGUAUGCAGUACACUUGGGGCAUACACCUGGCCCUUUGGAUGGGAAUGCAAGAAUAAUGCAUCGAGUUGUUGGGCAUAAAGGAGGGUUUUUGAUGGAUCAGGAAACAGGGUAUGGGAUGGGCGAUGAAGCAGAGAAUGGAGAUUUUGGGUUCCUUGGGAAGGACGGUGGAGAUCUGCAACAUUCGAUUUUGCAGCAAAUUGAGGAAGCGAGGAAUGAGAUUGGGCUACUUGAGGGCCAGAUCGGGAAAGUUCCUCAGGAGUUAUUGUGCUCGGUGUCUCGUGAAUUGUUUGAUUUUGUGAAUAAGCUUAGGAAUGUGAGAGAAUAUGGAUCAAAGUCAGCUGGAUUGCUCUCGGAUAAGCCAAUCUCAGAUGAUCUACUGGUAGGGGAAAAUGAUUUGGCAGAUUGGGGUGCGCAUCAUCAUCGUAUUUUUGAGGACGGCAACGAUGCAGAGCUCAUCGAUGAAGAUGAAGACAGCUUUGGGAGAACGCUUGGGGAGGUUGCAUCUUGGGAUCAGAUAAGGUCAGAUUGUAGGAAUGAGAAGGAUCUGCUGGGUGAGUCUUGUAAAUCAGAGAAACCAUUGGAAUGCAAUGAAUUUGAUCAGAAGCGCAUUCUUGACUGUGGGAAUUCUAAACUGACCAAGCUGUUAAGGCAUGAUGACAGUAUAGAUACAGAUGUAGGUUUCGUUGUAGAGAACUUCUACCCAGAGAACCCUAAAUGGUUUGAUUCUCCCUGUGAACUGGACUCGCACACAGAUUGUGUUGACAGCGGAUUCAAGCCUGGGGAGAUUGUUUAGGGAUCUUACAGCUGGUGACACACUCUAACUUAAUUUGAGUCUUCUUUGCUCCAUUUUUCAUGCCAUAAUGUUAGAGGUGGGUUGUAUAUUUGUGUAAACAAAAGGUUGAAAUAUCUGGAAGCCUCGUUGUUGUCUUUGCUGCUGUAUUUCUGUAAAGUACAGUCUGUAGGCUUCUUUGCACAUAGAUUAGAUAGUUACUUGACUUGUCAUAAAUUUUCAAAACUUAAACCUGGUUUCCAUAUCUGAGUUAGUGAUUACCUUUA